UUACCUGCUUCGCACGUCAUUACCAGAGAGAGAGAGAGAGAGAGAGAGAGAGAGACUUGACGUGGGCUGCUCCAUGCAGUUAGCUCGCAUUAGACCCAGAAUACACCCAACCGGUGAAGUGUUGCUGUCUCUUGCUGUGUCGGGCUAACACUGGGGCAGUAACAGAGCGCUGAUGUGCCCGUGAGAGGAGGCUGUAGUAGCCGCCCCGCCAGUCGCUAUUUGGGACUCCUUUUCCCGUCCAAAAGGGAUUUUUGUUACGUGCCUCUGGAGCCAAAACAUGGUGUACAGGCAAUAAGGCUUGACAGAAGAUGAGACGGGGGUGGUGGCUCAUCAGAUGGCUGGGGACAGGAAUGGCAAUCCUCUCUUUGCUAACCCACAGCUGGGGCCAGGACACAGAAGAGUGUAAACUGUCCCGGCCAGGCCCCCCUGCAACCAUAGUGACCAUUGAUGAGGAGAGCCCCAACGGUACAGUUUUGGUGGAAAACAUGCAGAUAAAUGGCCGUGCCCAAGACCCAGGCAGAACCAUCUCACUGACAUUGCUGGACAACUAUGACUACUGGGUGAUACUGGAACCAUCACGACAGAGGCUCUACCUCAACAGCACCGGGCGUGUUCUGGACAGAGAUCCCCCCAACUCUAUCACCACCAUUGUGGUUGUGGUCCAGUGCACCAAUGAGCUGGUUGGUACUGUCAUUUUUCAUGAGGUAAGGAUAGUUGUGAGGGACAGGAAUGACAACAGCCCUCGCUUUCAGCAGCCACGCUACUAUGUUGCAGUUAACGAGCUCACACCAGUUGGAACGACCAUUUUCACUGGCUUCUCAGGAAAUAAUGGAGCUACGGACAUUGACGAUGGGCCCAAUGGACAUAUAGAAUACAGCAUCCUUUACAACCCCAAUGACCAGGCAUCUAACAGAACAGUGAGUGUCGCAAACACCCUUUCAGGAAACAUUAUUCUGGCAGAGAGGCUAAACUAUGAGGAGAGAACUCGCUACCUGGUUUUGGUUCAAGCCAAUGACCGCGCUCCCUACCCCCCCAACAGACUAACGGCUACCACAACUCUGACUGUGGACGUUCUUGACGGAGAUGACCUGGGCCCCAUGUUCCUGCCUUGCAUUUUGGUGAACAACACCCGUGACUGCAACCCCCUCACCUACCAUGUUGCUAUCCCUGAAUUCACCCAACCGAGUAAACUGAACCCACUAAAUGUGACCCCUGCAAUCCGGGCCGUGGACAUGGACAGAAACAUACAGCCCCCAUCAGACAGACCUAGCAUUCUUUACUACAUCCUGGUUGGUCAUCCAGUCACGUAUCCAGAGUAUUUCACCCUGAACAGAACGACUGCAGAGCUGCGUGUUCUGAAGCCUAUCAGCAGGGACUUGUAUCAAAGGUUCACCCUCAUCAUCAAGGCAGAACAGGACAACGGUCACCCCCUCCCAGCCUAUGCUGACCUCAUUAUCGACAUCCUGGAUGAGAACAACCAGGCACCAUAUUUCCAGUUUGCUACCUAUCAGGGAUAUGUGAGUGAGUCCUCGCCAGUGGGUACGACUAUCUCAGCCAGUGCCAACCUCACUGCUGCCCUGGGAAUCAUCGUUCUGGAUAAUGACAUUGAGGAGACGAAAGACCCCAUGGUAAGAAUUACCCUGGAAGACUACACCACGAUCUUCGGCCUGACCCCAACUGGGAUAAUCCGCUACCUGAGGCUCAUCGAACCUGUGGACCGGGAGAAGCAGAUGGCCUAUACUUUCACGAUGUUGGCAUCAGAUGGUGUCCAGCAGAGUAGACCAGUAACUAUCAACAUCCUGGUCAUUGAUGCCAAUGACAAUACGCCCACGUUUGCUAAGGUCUCCUACAGCGUUGAAGUCUUCACAAACAUGCAGCCGGGGGAGACGGUAUUACAGUUAACAGCAACAGAUGCUGAUGAGGGACUGAACGGUCUGGUGACCUAUGAGAUACUGGCUGGUGACCAGGGACAUUUCAUCAUUAGUAAUCGCACUGGACGCAUCACUGUGGCGUCUGGUGUCACUUUGACUGUGGGACGAUCUUACGCACUCACUGUCAAGGCCUCUGACAAUGCACCAGAGACCCAGAGAAGGAGCUCCAUCACCACAGUGUACAUUGAAGUGUUGCCUCCCAACAACCAGAGCCCCCCACGCUUCCCUCUCCUCACCUACAACGUGGAAGUCAGCGAAGCCAUGAGGAUAGGAGCUAUUCUGCUCAAUCUGCAAGCCACAGACAGAGAAAACGACCCAAUCACGUACCGCAUUGUGAGUGGGGAUUUCGAGAAGGUUUUCAACCUCUCUGAAACGAUUGGCCUUCUGCUUCUAGGAAAGCCUCUGGACAGAGAGAACACAGAUCAGUACCGUCUGAUUGUCACAGCCUCCGACGGCAACCCUGGAGGGACAUCCACUACUACUGUGAACAUAGUCGUCACUGAUGUCAACGAUAAUGACCCUAAGUUUGACCUCACCAUACUCAAGAAUUUUACUGUCCGAGAAGAAGAGGCCAAUUUGUUUGUAGGACAAGUCAGGGCUACGGAUUCAGAUGCAGGGGUCAAUGGCCAGGUGCGCUAUCGGAUUGUGAAUCAUCCAGACUUGUUUAUAAUCAGUGCUAACGGCAGCAUCUACACAAGAGUGCCUCUUGACCGGGAGCUUAGGAGUCAGUAUGAGCUGGUGGUAGAGGCCUCAGAUGGAGCAGUGGAUCCACGGCGGACCGCCCUUACCCUCUUAAUCCAGAUUACGGAUAUCGAUGACAACAGCCCAGUAUUCUCCCAGCAAACGUAUACAGUGAAUGUACCUGAGAACAGCCCUGUGGGAACUGUGAUCCUAAAGCUAAGCGCGGUGGACUUAGACCUCUUCUCCAAUGUCACAUAUCGGAUCAAGACUGAAUCGGCCAGACAGUUGUUUUCUCUGAACCCUGUCACGGGGGAGUUAGCUGUGCUGCAGACCCUGGACUUUGAGGACCUGGCAGCUAUGGGCAUGGGGGCCUCCUACACUUUCCAGGUGGAAGCUGUCGACCAAAGAGGGGUCAUGCCCCCAGGGCAGGCUACCAUCACGGUCCGAAUUACGGACAUGAAUGACUUCUCCCCCAUCUUUACCCAAGACCUGUAUACAGGCUUGGUGGCACCCAAUGCGGAGAAAGGAACAGUCAUCACAACUGUUUUUGCUAAGGACCAAGACCCACCAGGUACUCCAGCCAGUUUUGUCCGCUACAGAGUGGACCUGGACAGGUCGCCAUACAGUGGGAGUAUCUUUGGUGUGGAAGUGGAAACUGGAAGAGUCAUCACUAAGGUCAACCUCAAUGAGGAGCCCAGUGUCACCUUUAAGUUGUUCGUUAUAGCCUAUGAUGAUGGGGAGCCGGUGAAGUUUAACAGUACCUUGGUGGAGAUCACUGUUCUUCAGCCUUCCCGCAUCCCAAUCUUCACCCAGGAAGAGUACAGGUUUCCUCUAGUUAGUGAGCUGGCUCCAUUUGGCACACUGGUAGGGACUAUUCUCGCUGCUGCUAUCAAUCAAACCAUCUUCUACUCCAUUGUGGAAGGAAAUGAACUAGGUCAUUUUCAGGUGAACAACGGGACAGGCGUCAUCUCCACAGCUAAACCUCUGGAUUAUGAAAAUGUGACUAGCUAUGUCCUCCGGGUCCAGGCGGACUCUAUGUUGGUUGUCAUGUCCAACCUGCGUGUGCCUUCUAAAACUAACACAGCCAAGGUGUUCAUUGAGGUGCUGGAUGAGAAUGACCACCCUCCCGUCUUCUCCAGGAAGCUCUACAUAGGGGGCGUGACGGAAGACAGCAAGAUCUUCAGCUCUGUGCUCAAGAUAGUGGCCACUGAUAAGGACACUGGGAAUUACAGUGCGAUGGCAUACCGCCUGAUUAUCCCGCCCACACCAGAGGGCCAGGACAGCUUCGUCAUCGAGACCUACACGGGUAUUAUCAAAUCGGCCAUUAUGUUUCGAAAUAUGCGCAGGUCCUACUUCAGCUUUGAAGUUAUUGCCACAGACAACUAUGGAAAAGGUCUCAGCAGCAGGGCAGACGUGGUGGUUUCCGUGGUCAACGCGUUGGACAUGCAAAUUGUUGUGUCUACUGUCCCACCUUCUUUAGUGGAAGCGAAUAGGGAGCAGCUCAUUAGUAUUCUGGAGCGCCACAUCCAGGACCAGAUUCCAGGUGCCAAGGUGAUUGUAGAGUCAAUCGGGCCACGUCGUCAUGGCGAUGGCUUUGAACUAGAGGACUACAGUAAGUCAGAUCUGAUGGUGUACGCCAUUGACCCGCUCACCAACAGGGCCAUCUCGCCCAAGGAGCUCUUCAAAUUUCUCGAUGGGAAUGUGCUGGAAAUCAACAAGGAGUUCCAGCCGUACCUGGGCGAGGGUGGACGCAUCCUUGAGAUUCGCUCUCCAGACAUUGUGGCUAGUGUGAAGAAGGCGGCGCAGGCUGUGGGCUACACAGAGGGAGCUCUCCUGGCCCUGGCCAUCAUCAUCAUCCUCUGCUGCAUCCCUGCCAUCCUUAUCGUCAUGGUCACCUACAAACAAUUCAAAGAGCGACAGGCUGAGUGUUCAAAAACUGCCAGGAUUCAGAUGGCUUUACCACCAGGAGGGAAAGCAGCUCCAGCGGUUGCUCCCAGUGCUAAUCUCUAUGAGGAGCUGGGCGACAGCAGCAUGCGAGGCUACGGCAGACAGCAACAGCAACUGCUGAGGCCAUCUCUUCUGAGACCUGAGGAACUCUCUAUGGAGUCAGGUAUCGACCCAGGCCAGGACUACUACGCACAAGACUACUAUAAUUAUGACCAAGGGUAUGACAUUCCUCAGUAUGGCAGUCGGAGGAGGCUGAUACCGCCCAUGUAUGAUGAAUAUGGAGAGGUGAUCAUGGAGGAUGAUGGAGAACUGGAUCAUCAGGAACUGGGGAAAAAGAAGCAGAUUAAGCUGGUGGUAGAUCGGGAGAAUGAGACCAGCUCCACAGGAGAAGAGAGCACCACAGAGACCCAGAGAAACCGACUCCCCAACAGCCACAGCAGCAUCAAUGGUAACAUUUACCUCGCACAGAACGGCACUAUUGUCCGAACUAGGCGGCCACCCCACCCAAACAACUUGAAAGGGGGCUCUCCUUGCCGACUCAGUAAGCAUUUUAAAAAACUAGACAAGUUAGGUGUGACUCAUGAAGAACCCGCUCCCAUUAUUAGCAUCGAUGGCACAGGAGACGACACAGAAAAUGGAACAGGUACGUGUGUUUCCUCUAACAUGGACGUUAACCUCAACACUCGGUCCUCCUGUGGUUCCCUUGGAUCCACCAUCACAGAUCUUAAAAGUUUUGGGUCCAAAACCAAUAUUGCCAAGGCCUUGAUUGACAGAAACAGCAGUGGCCCAUGUAUCAAUGAGGAGCAAGAGACUUCUGUGGACAACCACAAGGACAGUAGGGAGACACUGGAGUCCCACAGUGACCACACAUUAUCAGACGAGGAUGAGUUAUGGAUGGGACCCUGGAACAGCCUGCACAUACCAAUGACAAAACUCUGACUGACCAUGCAGAAAUUUAAUUUCCUUUUUGUUAUUUUCAUAAUUUUAUCAUGUUGUUUUUGUUAAGAAAAUUAUCAUUAUAAAAAUGAUUGUGUGCCUCAACUGGAUAAGCUCCAAUCACCGUCUGACAGGCAGUUGCACUUUUAGUCACAUUUUAUUUAACCAUAAUACAUUAAAGCUUACUUGUACCAAGCGUUUAUCGAAGACAGGGUUAUUACAGAUGGGAGCAUAGAGCUGCAAAGCAAUGAGUGCGUCAAAGAAAUCUGAAAAUGUAUGUAAACAGUGCUUGACUAUAAUUUUAACUCUUUAUUCAACAAUGAAAAUGGGCGUCUUUUAUUGAGUGAUUCCAUGUUUUACUGUCCUUCUCAGCCUCAGUUUUUUUAGUUUUUAACUUGAAAUACUGAUCACAAACAGAUUGUACUUCAUUUCACUACAGAUAUUUACAAAGAAAUCACGGUGAACAUGAGAAGAUAUUGUGAUUAUAUAGUCUAUGAUAUUGAAGUAAAAUAAACUUAUUUUGCUAAUAGCAUUUUACUUGCAAAUAAUUAAGAUUGAUUAUUUUAUGUUGUGACCACUUGACAAUUUUUUGAAAAUUUCUGAAAAGUAUAUGAAAUUAUUUUUGUCUAUUUUGUAUCUAACAGAGAUGGAGAAUCGAACAUAUGAGAUAAGAGGCAUAAUAUCCAGAUGACUGUCAUCACUGUAUUUCAACAGUGAAAUAUGACAGUGUGAUCAUAGCGUUUUUAUAUGGACAUUUGUAACUACAGAAUGUGGAAUUUUCAACCCCUUUACAUGAUGCAGAUUCAGUCUGUUCGUGAUAAUUUAUUAACUGACACAUCAGGACCCU